ACCUGACGAUAACAGACUAUAACCAAAAAACCAACUAUAACCUCCAAAGAUACCUGUUAAACAGUUUAAUUUAAUGUUGAUACUCAAUGCAGAACACUUCUUUAGAUUGAUUAAUAUUUGAAAAUUACUUAAAAAUAUGCUUAACACGAAUUUGCUCGUUAUCAUGUUUUACUUUACGUGAAGAAAAUUAUAUAAAUUUUCUACAAUCUUUCUGUCAUUGUAAACAUAUAGUAAUCGCUUGUAGAAUAAGCAAAAACUGUGAAUAAGAAAAUGAACAAAGAAGUACUGAAUAUUGAAGGCGCCGCCAAGAAAACUCAAAAAGAAACUUUAACACCUUAUAAAAUAGCGAUUGUUAUGUUCAUUAAUAUUUAUUGUGAUGAAAGUGCGAAAGAGAUUGUGGAAAGACGAGAUUUCUGCAUAGCAGCUUUAAAAUUGAUUCAAUCUCCAGAUAUGGACUUGAGGCCUCUUUUAGAUUUACUCUAUUCCUCGGAAUUCGUUCUUCAGCAAUUCGCUCACACACUAGAAAAUGAAUUGCAAUUAUUGAAUGAUAAUGGUGUCAUGGCACUUUUGGAUCUCUUUGAAAAUCUUGGAAAAUUAACAAAACCAGCUUUGGAUCAUUCUUUAGCUCAACCCUUAUUGAAUAAGAAUUCCGUUCUGGGAUUAUAUGUUCGUAGAAUAAUAAUUUUAUUCGAGAGGCUGACGUUCUAUCAAGUAGUUUUACUUUAUGAAUCGCUAAAGAAUUACAUUGAGGGCGGUAUCAAGAAUGGUUGCGAGAAUUCUACAAGCUUGAAAAUCGAGGAGUCAUUUUGUCGUAAGAACAAACAUAUAUGGGGAGGAAGACAAGCAGAGCUUCUUGUGGCUCAACAAGCUCAUGCUUUGCAAACAGAUGAACACAAGGCCCUUCCACCCGCUGAACUUCAAGUUCUUGUGCGAGAACUUUUAACUUGUAGUCCUUACUACGCUGAAGCUCACUAUUUAAGUUACCUCAAUUGUUUGCGGGUUAAUGAAUAUUGCGGGGCCCUAGACAGUCUUUAUCAUUGCUUUGAUAGAUUAGCACCUGUGGAAAAUCGAUCAACAUCAGAUGAUAGGUCGCGAACCUUUAGAUACGCAGCUUUAAAUCUUGCUGCUCUUCACGCGCAAUUUAAUCACAAAGAUGUAGCACGUUCAGCGUUGAAAGAGGCCAUUAUGAUGGCACAAGAAGCUGGAGAUAACGUUUGUCUUCAACUCGCUCAUGCUUGGAUGUAUCAUUUAACUGAUGAAAAAAAAGGACCUUUGAUAGAAAGAUCUGUUGGGAAAGCAUGUAUGUUAGGAAUAUCACACACGAUAAGCUUGGGUCUCAUCGCCUCUGCUCAUAACUCAGCAAUGGAGGGAGUGAAUCCCCAACAUGUUUUUGAGACUCUCAUGAAAUCUGAUAUCGUCAACUGUCAGCACUCAAUGAUUGAUCUUAUGUCCAUGACUUUAACCGAAAAGUCAGCAUUAUGGGCAUAUUACGGUAAAACAGAAAUGUCAUCUAUAUGUUCACAACUCUUGCUUCUACACAAUACAGGCGAAAAGAAACAACAAAUGUUUAACGGCCCCUCAACAUGCCAAGCAGUUGUUAAUAUUGCGAAUAUACUAGUUGAGUUUGGAGAAUAUAAUUUGGCGAGUGUUGUUUUAGAUCACGCAAAAGAAAGAUUUCCUAACGAACCAAGUAACAAGGUGUGGAUGUUGAGUGAACAACUCUACGAUUUUUCACAGUUGAUGAAAAGUGAAAAAUGGAGAGAAGCAGAAGCCAUAGCAACUCAGAUCGUUAGUUUGGAUCCACUAGAAAGUAAAUUCAGGAAGGCAGAAGUCUGCUUAGCCAAGGGCGAUUUUCCAAAGGGACUGAAGAUUGUAAAUAGCAUAGAAUAUAUGAAAGGAGUAACGCCACAAAAUCGAGUCCGUGCCAUGCUUCUUUCUAGUGAAAUAACCAGCGCUUCCAUACUCCUGGGAUCUAGUAUUGCUUGUUGUAAUUCCAUUGUUCUUUUGAACUCAGCACUGGAAAUAGCCACGCAAAACCAUAUAUCGUACUACGCAGCUCUUGUCAAAAUGCAUCUCGCGAAUAUACAGCUUUCCAUGGGGAUGCCUUACCAAGCGUCGAAGCUCGUUGAUGAAGCCAUCGUUCAAAUCCUGACUCAAGGAGGACUCUAUGACCAAGGAAGAGCUUUAGUGUUACGUGCUAAAUGUUUAGUAGCUGUUGCACCACCUCCACCUAAUUCAAAGCGCGAUGAAGCGAUUUUAAAUGCCAUUAAAGCGCUUCUUAAGGCGAAAAUUCUUUUCAGUAAAACUGAGGCCUUUGGACGCGUCAAAAGUACAUUAUACCUACUUUCAAUUUUAUACAAUGAACUCGACAUGAAGAAGGAUCGAAAUCAUUGUUCUUUUGAAUUUCGGAAACUCGAUGAACAAUAUCCUGCUAAACUAAUUACGAUCUCGUUAUAUUGA